GUAUGUUUCUUGACACUCUCCAUGUACUCGAGGGAUGCACGCUUUGGGUUUUUCUCGGGGAAAUACAUACAGAUCGCAUAUGCUGAAAGAUGGAGAUUGAGGAAGUAUUGUCUGAUCUUCUUGCCCUGAGAAAAUUAUAUGGACUCCUUCAGAAUAUUGGAUACGGCUUUGGAAACAAAAGCUCAGAAAAUUUGGAUGAACACGCUCGACUUUUACUAAAGAAUCUGCUCGACAAUGCUACAGAGAGGUUUUUUGAGACUCAUUCAAAGAUUAUAGCGGCACAAUCAGGUGUCUCUAAAACUCCCUUCCCAUCCGAGCCACCCAAGGCCGCGCUAAAGUCAAAUUCUCCUGUUUUACCAGAUAAGUUGAAAGCUUUCCCCAGCAUCACUCGAAACUCCAGCGUAGAUUCAAAAUGCCAAACUGUUACUUCACAGAAAGAUGAGCGGCUGCCCAAGAAGCCAACCUUGGAGGGGGCAGCGUCCGAGCUUUAUAGGUCCAAUAAACCCGAGUAUAGAAAGAAACGAUGCCGGAAUUGUGGGCGUCGGAGAAUGAAGCCGCGGAAAACAAGUCCAAACAAAGGCGGUAAUCCUCAAGAUGGUGAGCGACGCAAUCAGUCAAGCCCUUUCGAUGGUGACAACGGGCAAGCAAAAGGAUCACCAGACGUAGAAGUGAAGAGUGUUGAGUCAGUCCCGAGGAGUAACGAAAAUCCAUUUGGGCAGCCGAAAACAGCCCAUCAACUUCAAAGUUGUCACCAAAGCAUGGUUAAUAGCUCACGCCAUUUGGCUAGUGGGGAAAUCGAAACAGGAGUUGAGGUGGCCAAUCAGACAGGGAAGAUACCAGACGAAGCCAGUGAUUUUUCAGAGGAUGUCACCAAUGCAGUCAAACGUAUCGAGUCCCGUAUUUCAGCUUUGCAACAAUAUUGUUCUCAGACUGUGGAAUCUACCAAGGCCUGUGCAGCUUGGGGGGGGAUACCCAAGUCUGAAACCCCUCUAAUGCUGUCAAAAGAAGGGUUGGCUACUAGGAGUGAGCUCAGUUAUGGUGGCGAAAAAGUAGUACUGGGUCGGCAAGCGACUGGAGUCGGUAGGAAAUACAAUACGACUUUGAGCCCAGCACAGCAGCUUCGGCUGCUCAGACAAAAUACGAAGCCCAUUGAGUCACCUAGUCGAAGCGACGAUGCAACGAGUCAGAUUGGGAAUUAUGUUCACGGGUUCGGGGUCCCUACGACUCUCGGCCGCGAUGACUACUUGUCCAAGAUGCCUCCGUCUCUGGCGAUGAGUCCGCCGACAAUGAAUGCAGACAGAGGAAGCACGACUUUGAGCCCAGCACAGCAGCUGCUCAGACAAAAGACGAAGCCCAUUGGGUCACCGAGUCGGAGCGACGAUUCAACUAGUCAGAUUGGGGAUUAUGUUCAAGGGUUCGAGGUCCCUACGACACACGGCCGCGUUCCCAAGAGGCCACCUUCUCCGUUGAUGAGUCCGAUGACCAUGAAAGCAGACAGACCCAGACCGUCGAUGGCACUUCAGCGAGUAGAAUCCACGGGUUCCUCUGUCGGGUGUGGUGGUCAAACAAACAGGCCGAGUAGUCGGCGUCAAAUCAGAGAGAAGCAGCUUCCACAUCGAAUGGCGAUCAAACCAACUCUGCUAGAUCACGAGUUUAGCGAAACAAAACAAGUGUACAGAGAUAGAAGAAGAGGGACCCACCACAAGAUGACUCACGAGAGCCUACAGAGAGAGAUUUCGCCACUUCGCUGGGAUGAAGAAUCGCCACACUCCUCGGCCUCGUCCCUUUCCUCCUCUUCCUCUUCUAGUUCGUUGCCCAGUCAGAUCCGCUCCUCGUACCUUUCCUCCUCUUCCUCUUUUAGUUCACUACCCAGUCAGAUGCGGGCCCACCAUCGUAUUGGUCCAACGUCAGCAAGAAUGACACGUGGAAGCAGAUCUGAGGAGAGUAGCUCUGAGUUGGAGGAGAGUAUGCCGGAGGAGAGAGAGAGUGAGAGUGGCACUAGCGUUCCGCGAACCCACUCUAGAGACGCGGAUAGAAUAGGUCCCAGUAGAACAUACAGAUCAGACCGUAGAAGGAAUUCGGGGAAUGCAAUGGGAAGAUUCAGGAGAUUCAAAAACAAGUUGGGGCUAAUUUUUCACCACCACCACCACCACCAUCAUCACCAUCACCAUCCCGAUGACGGUGGUCAUUCCCAAGUGGACAACCACAAUCAAUCUCUAUGGAAGUCUUCGCAGAAGAUGUUUCAACGGUCGAACAUACAUGAUGUCCGCCACGAUCCAAGGGUUCAGAAGGUGAAAAGAACAAAGGUGAAUAAUGUCCCGAGCAAGCACCAAGUUGGACAUUUUCAUGCGCUGGUGGAAGGGCUGCUGAGGCAUGUCCGGCAUUCCAGGAGAUCAAAGCCGCCAAGAGGGUUAGGGGACAAUAUUGGCACACGUGGUGGUAAGAAGGGGGCAAAGAAGUUGCAGUGGUGGAAGAUGUUUAGGCGCCACGGUGGAGUGAAGAUUCCAAAAAGACGGCAUGUAAGAAGAGUAAGGUAUUUCAAGAAGAAGAAGAAGAAUAAAACACCGCUGCUUAAAAUGAGUUAAAAAGUUCAUUCAAUUUUUUUAUACAUCUAAGUGAGGGGGGUUUCGAACUGCAUUCCUCUAUUUUGAAAGUUGGAGGUUAUGUCAAUCA